AUGGCCAUUCGAUUUGCGUACCACUUCUGUCGCAUAUAUACAUGCAACCUCACGUGUCCACUGGAAACUCAUGAAAUGCGAGAUUCCUUGGCUUAUUACAUCUCGGAUUCUAACAAGAGGCAGAAAGUUGAAAGGGAGGGCCAGAUAAUAUUCUAUGGUCCGUUUGUGCCACAGUCGAAAUGGAGUUGCCUGGGAGGCAUUUUUGCUAGAAUGCAGAUCAUGGGGAGAUUGCGGGGGCCACUGGGUACGGAGGAUGUAGGGGAGAAAACUAAUAAUGAAAACGUCUACGUCUUUUGUCUUUCACCAAACGUUGUGGUAUCCAUGUUUAAUGGCGUUUCCGUCGGGUCUGAGCGGCGAUAUAUCGCUGUCGAUUCUAUACGUUUUACUUCUUCCUCUCUCCAUUAA